CAACAUAGACUUCAGAAACUUCAGGAUACUAUCACGGCUGACAAAAUACGUCCUGCAACACCAACUAGUGACCAAAAAUCCUUUGAGAUGAUGGAUAAGGUAGAAGCCUUUUACAACAAUGGCUGGAGCAGCGGACAAAUUAGCAUGGUACUUGGUGAUAACACAUACUCGGUGUGUCUCUAUACUUCUAUGGAAACUAUUCUAUUCAAACAUUCAGAUUUGCGAAUUCAUAGAGAAUGGAAAGAUGGAGUCUGGAAGAUGGCAGAUAAGGUGAAGCCUGAUAAGAAAAGGAAAGCUGCUGCCUCAUCACAAAAUUCAGGAAUGGAUAAUGUUUUCCUAAGAAGGAGCGAGAGGGUGCCUAAACGAUCUAGAGACACAAAAACUCCAUUCAAGUCUGACAGAAAUCCGGCUUUAACUGUAAUACCUGAGAUUAUACCUGCAGUUGAUCCGUUUUCAACUCCUGCGGAACAUAAGCUUUCAAGGCUUCAAAAUUGGAUGACAUUAAAGCCCGGCAUGCAUGAAACGUCCCUAUCAAUCAAUGAUAAUAAGAUAAGGAAAUCUUUCUUUCAAAGCAUGGAAAAUGCAAAAAAGGACCUUAAGAAAGAGCACAUUGAUGGAGCCUUUGCAAUGCUAAAUUGCAGAAGAAAUGAGAAUGCUGCUUGGUUCCACAACUACAAGAUUCCAAAGGCGUGCUUCCUACCUAUGGAGUUCUUGCAUUGCUUGCUCUCUGAUGAUUUGGCUUACAAGAAAGAAAAGGUCAAAGGAAAAAAGUUUUCAACAAUUUAUUUAAAGAUAUUGUGAGAGGGAAGGUAUAUCCAGAGAAAACAUGGGGAGAAGAUGUUGAUGUUGUGUAUGGGAUUACUCUUGGAAAAAAAAAGCAAUGUCUGGAUUGGGAUGAAAAUUCAUUUGAAGAAGAAAAGAAUCACAGUAUAUGAUUGUUUUCAAAAGGAAAGCAACAGCAUUGAUAUUCUUCAAGUGAAAAAGUUGGCAGGUAUGUAUAAACAAUUUGUAUUUGAUGUAUUCAACUGUUUCUUGGUUUGAAAUAUUCAACUGAUUCUAUCUUGAUAUUGAUUUUUAAAUAUGACAGUGUUGAUUUCUGAUCUGCUGGUAGAAUCUUCUGGUGAUGAGGUAGAUAAAGUGAAGAUGAUUCCAUUUGAGAUUGAGUAGGCACAAGGUUUACCCAAGACAAAACAUCCUUUCAACUGUGGGAUAUUUCUUGUCAAGAUUCUGGAGUGCCAGUCAUUGAAGAUAGGAGACAUGACAAAGAUUAAUGAUGACAAUGCAUUGGAGCUAAGGAGAACCUUGUCUUGUGAGAUCUUCAACCAAUUUGUGGAUGAGAGCUUUGGGAAAUGAGAAUGAUGCAUGAAAACAUUUUUUGUUUUAGUUAAGACUCGGUUUUAGUUAUGACUGUUUAUUUUGUUAUGUUGUUGGCGUCUGGUUACAUAAGAAAGAUUGGAAGGAUAUCAAGUAUUU